AAACAUAACUAGAAAGAAGAAAUAAAUUAAUGGAACAGUGCUGCAUUUUUUGUAUUGAGGGUAAUUUCAUUCUGUAUUGCAUUUUGGUAUAUUUCAUUGUCCUCCAUGAAAGAGGCAGGAGGACAGGUUCCUGAUUUGAAAAUUGAAGAUUUUAAUGGGUCCUUUGGGUAAAGUCAGGGAAAAAAGGGAUUGCUAAUGGCAUCAACUUCCUAUGCCAAGCCGGGCCCUUUGCCCAUGAACGAACCAGCUCCCGGCUAUAAUCCAUAUCCAGCACCUCUUGCAAGAUACGAGGAUGUUGUCGUCAGUCCAAUGCUCUUCAUGUCUACUUUAGAGAACCUCCAUGCUGCUAUGAGCACCAAGUUCAUGAUUCCCAUUAUAGGAGGAAAGGAGUUAGACCUGCACCGACUUUUUGUAGAGGUUACAUCCCGAGGUGGUCUUGAGAAGGUUAUAAGAGAGCGAAGAUGGAAAGAAGUUACUGCUAUUUUCAACUUUCCUAGCACUGCUACAAAUGCUUCCUUUGUAUUGCGCAAGUAUUAUGGUUCUCUACUUCACCAUUACGAGCAACUCUACUUCUUUAAAGCUCGUGGUUGGACCACUACUACUGCUGAUUCUUUCCAUAGCCCAUCCAUUACAAUGGCUCCUACACAAGGAGCAGCAAGACCAUCGAUAGAAAUGCAUGCAGCCUCAGCCCAGCAUCCAGGAGUAAACAUUGCAGAGUUGGCUGCAGCAACAAGAUCAACAACAUCAGCAGGUUCUCCUGUGAUUGGGGUUAUUGAUGGCAAAUUUGAGAGUGGUUAUCUUGUUACAGUCACAAUAGGCUCAGAGAGGCUAAAGGGUGUUCUUUAUGAGGCUCCACAGAGCAUAGUACCCCAAAUGCCACAGCAGUAUAGUGUUUUGGGCAAGACUGAGAACAUCCAUCCUGCAUCUGGUGUACAGCGUCGUAGACGCAGGAAAAAAUCUGAGAUUAAAAGGAGGGAUCCAGCUCACCCUAAACCUAACAGAAGUGGAUACAACUUCUUCUUUGCUGAGCAGCAUGCAAGACUGAAACCACUUCACCCAGGAAAGGACAGGGAAAUUAGUAGAAUGAUUGGUGAACUAUGGAACAAACUAAAGGAAUCAGAGAAGGCAGUUUACCAGGAGAAAGCUCUUAAAGACAAAGAAAGAUACAGAUUAGAGAUGGAGGAUUACAGGGAAAGAUUAAGAACUAGUCAAGUGGUAAGUGAUGCAGUGCCAUUGCAACAACGACUUCCUAUACCCAUUGUAGAGAUGAUGGAAGAGGAUGUCAAGCUUGAUGAAACUGAAGGAAGGGAAUCUCAGACUCCAGAAAAUGAGAGUAGCUCUGUUGAAAGUGAUUCUGUGCAUGAUAAAAAUGCAGAUAAGGAUUUCGAUAUGGAAGUGUGUCCAGAGGUUGGAGUAGAAACUGGAUCUAUCAAUGUUGGCUUGGGGAUUUCAACUAAGGAGCCAACUUUUGGGCCAGCCAAUGUGGUACUGAACAUGGGUGAUCAAAUCCCCAAGAAGUUUGGUCCUGGUGGUGAAGAAAGCUUCAAUGGUAUUCCAACAGGCAUAGAGAAAGAGGCUGUGCCAAGUGAAGAAACUAAAAAUUUUCUAGGACAAAGUUAGAUUAUUUUCUUUGGGACAAACAGACGAGGUAUUAGGUGGUUUUAUUUAUAUGCAUCUUAACAUGGUUGAGGAUGAUUGCAUGGAUCUUCUCAUUAUAGUUGCAAGCAAUCUUGUUUCUAGAUGAAACGAGGGCAGAAUUUUGGCUUUAGUUUGUCAAGGAAAAAGUUUUUUUUCUAGGUAUUAUGGUUGCAUGACUCAUAUCCCAGCCCUUGCCCAUAAUUUAGUUUGCAAAUUUUGCUAGGAGAAGUUCCCUUAUCUUUAGUAAUUGGUAAGAUUUUGCAGUGUCGGUUCUUGGGUUCUCAUUUCCUUGUUUUGUAACCGUAGCAAGUGGUUAAUUAUGCAGUUGAAUAUAUAUAAGUGGUAAAG